GUGAGCAAACGAGCUCGUAAGAGACUAAGAGAAAUUCGAGCUGACUAAAAAAUGGCGGUAUCGGGGAAUUUACGUGUGGAUGCUACUCUUGCUUCCUACCAUCAACACCCCUUUCGAAGCUACGUCCCAUCUUCAAAGGUUGAUUCCGUGUGUUCCAUGAAUGGAGGAUCAAGGUAUCUCGAAAUCACACCAAAAUGGAAGGGAUUGGCGAUAAAUAGUCGAAGCAUUGGUGGCCAAACUAAAAGAUCAGCAGGGAUCAUGGGAGAUUUAAAGUUAUCUCCCAAUGCUGUCCGGGAAGAUGUUGAGAGCUUCCUCUUACAUGCCGUAAACAUGAGCUUCUUCGAGCGACUUAACUUGGCUCGGAAAAUAGUGUUCCCGUCUCCGGCAACUAGAAGGAGCUCUAAUGCAAAUAUAGGGAAGCAGCGUUUGAAGAUGAUCCUGUUCUCUGAUCGCUGUGCAGUUAGCGAUGAGGCGAAACAGAAAAUCGUCAAAAACAUUGUGCACGCUCUGUCGGAUUUUGUCGAGAUAGAGUCUAAGGACAAGGUUCAGCUUAGUGUCUCUACCGAUUCUGAUCUGGGAACCAUUUACUCCGUCACGGUGCCUGUUCGGCGGGUGAAGGCAGAAUACCAAGAGGAAGAUGACGUUGGGACGAUAACAAAUAUCGAGUACAAAAACACGGGAGAUCGGUCUGGUUCUGUUGAUGUCAGGUUCGAUUUCUACGUUCCAGAUGAGUAAACACAUAUUCCUGAAUUAUCUUUUCUGAUAUUUUGUUGUUUGGAUUGAAGCUUUAGGUAGCACUGCAACUUUACACUUGUUUGUAUAUAUGGAAUUUUAAUUUGAGGCCAUUUUCUCGUUUGCCCUCAUCUUCUUUCCUAUAUCUUACAUAUCCCUUU